AGUGAGUGCCGUGUAUUGCAUAAUAGCUGUGAAUGCGAUGUCUGUGUAAACAAUAAUGUUUACAAAAACACAUUAAAGUGAAAACAAUGUCCACAAUAUUGGCCGCAAAUUAACAUUUUAUUGACAAUUGAUUCCCAAUUGAUUGCCGUUUCGUCCAAUUGUACGCCUCUUUUGGACACAUAUUAGCGUUGAAUAGCAUUUGAAAGCUUUGUAUUAUUGCUUGAAUUGUGGCCACAAUUGGUUUGUUUGCAAAAUGAAUGACAAAAAUCAAGCCAUAAGUCAACCGCCGAUCAAAAUCGGUCACUACUUGUUGGCCGAAACGCUGGGAAUCGGCUCUUUCGGCAAAGUUAAGACUGCGAGACAUCAGCUGACGGGCCAUAAGGUGGCGGUGAAAAUACUGAACCGUCAAAAGAUCAAGAACUUGGAUGUCGUCGGAAAGAUUCGCCGAGAGAUCCAAAACCUAAAGCUCUUCAGACAUCCGCAUAUCAUUAAACUGUAUCAAGUGAUCAGUACUCCGACCGAUAUAUUCAUGAUUAUGGAGUACGUGUCCGGCGGAGAGCUCUUUNGCAAACCGUUGGCCAGACUUUGA